AAGCCAUCGAGCACCCCACUAAUAAGCCACACACAACUAAAAAAGAGGAUAAAAAAAACAUCAAAUCAACAUGCUCAAAUUGCUGCUUUCGCUGCUUGCGCUGUGCGCCUUGGCCGCCGCACGUCCUGGCUACCUGCAUGGCCACCACCAUCAUUAUCCGGAGUAUCCGCUGUAUCCCGCACACCACCACAUCGAGCCGCUGCAUGUGGCAAAAAUUGUGCAUGUGCCCGCUGCCGUAUCGCACCAGAGCUCCACGGUGGUGCACAGUGUGCCGCAUCACAUUAUCAAGCCAGUGGUGCUGCCGACUGUGGUGAAAACUGUGGUGCAUCCACCCAUCAUCAAGACCUAUCAUCCAGCGCCCAUCAUCAAGGCCUAUCCCUACGAUCCCUAUCACUUCCAUCAUCAUCACGACUACCACGACUAUCAUUUGCACUAAACCCAACUGGCUGAAGCACCCAACCAACCACCCACCUUAACCACUCGCCCGCCUGUCUGCUGACCAGCUGUUUAUGUGUAUGUGUGUGCAACCUG